UUUGGAGACCAAAUCGCAUCAGUUAGCUGUCAGUGUCAGGAGCAAAUAAGAUUGUUUUCUCCUCCAGAGUUUCGCGUUAAACGUCCAGUGUGAAGGACUUAGCAGGCAGAAAUAAAAUGUGCUGUUUCGAAGUAUGUUUUCAUUAGUGUGUGUGAUCACCUGAAACUAUGAAACGCUUUGUCAAAGGUUGGACCCAAGUCAUUGUCCUGCAAGUCACGACUGACAAGCCUCUAGUCAAGUCCCAAGUCCUAAAUUUUAAGUUUUGGGUCUUAAACGAGUCACAAUCCCUCCUGACCAAAUGUAACACCAUUUUAACAAACAUUUACCCAUCAGUGGGACCGAUGGCCUUCAGCGAUUUACUCGCCAAACAAAAAGUGACCUGCGUUUGGUUCAUGGCGGAUGUUGAUUUCGGACCCAUGGAGUCCACGUUAAAUUGAUUCAGGAACUGAAUUGAUUCGUGGCACUUUUCAUUAACGUACUGCCGAAUCUUAAAUACUGCGGGGAACUGUCGAGUAUUUUCAAGCCCAAAGGCUCAAGUCCACGUGAAGACACGCGUCACUGGGCUUCAUCACCGUCAGCCAUUAAGUCCUUCACACUGGACCUCGGCACGGUUCAACACAUGUUCACAAUGGACGUCCACGCGGAUCUUCCUUCUGACUGAAAGAAAAAGAGUCCAUUUUAAGUUGACUUUGGCUGUGACACCAAACAAUGUCGGCACUGUAGUCUUGCAGAUUUGUUUUCUCUUUAGCAUCCAAGUCAGUUCUGUUGCUUUAUCUUGGUUGGAUUUUUUUUUAAAUUAGUUAGCAUGUAUUUCAGUGUAUUCACCAAAUGACAAAGAAAACGCUCUGUAUGAUACCGACAAACCAUUUUACUGCUGGUCGCUUUGCUCCUAAUCGUGACUCGUUGCAGUGCUUAGUGCUGUUGUAGAAAUUGUGAUGUAAACUAUAAAUUAUGAAAGAUUUCCAGUCUGACCAAACUCACAGCGUUUGGUGUGUUGAUGUCUUAAGGUUUUUGAGCGGACGGAGGCUGCGGCCUUUUCAACGCUCGUGACAAAACUUAAAAGUGCGUGCUUACGUGUUAUUGCGAUGGUAAAUAGUUGUGUGUUAUUUGAGAUUUGUUAUGUUGUAAAAUCUGCACUACGUCUUGCAUAUCAAAGACAGCAAAUUCCCUGUGAUUCCCUUUUGUUUAUUUGUUUUGUUUUUCAUUUUGUUUUCAUUUUCGUUCAUCUCGGAAUGACCUUGGCCUCCAUUUAACGUCUUUAAAACUGGAAUGUUGUACAUUUAGUGCCUUUUACAUUUCAUCAGCUAACUUGAACAUCUGCUCCAAAUAGAAAAGAUAAGAUUCAUUUAUUUUCCUUUUAUUGUAUGUAUUUUUUUAUACACAUAAUAUCGCCUCUGUAUCCACUGUCCAAAUUUUAUAUAAAACCUAUUCCUGGCCAAUUAAAUCUGUGUGUGUUUUCUGAUUAUUAUGUGUUCUCACCAAACUGAAAUCUGUUUUCUUCUGAAUAAGACAGAAACACAAAUGUACCAUCUACUAAAUCAUCUUUAAUUUCUGUCAUAUUAUCGACGACAUGAAACCUGUCAACCACGGAAAUAAAUUGCGCAGAAGAAGAAACGUGAAAUUGUAGCUGCGAGUAAAGUCCGCUGCUGGUGGAGGAGAGUUUAAACAUCACAUGCAGGAUGUAAAACCCUAGAAAACAGAUGGCGAUAGAUAAAGAAGCCAACCCCAAACCAAAUACGAUCAGUCAAAUCCCACGCGGUCACCAUCAUCAUCAUCAUCAUCAACAACAGGGCGAAGAAGACGCAGAAGAGCUUCGACUGGCACACUCAUGGUGGGACUUGACGCUCGUCCUGAAGCCCGUCAGGCUGAUUUUAUUUUGCAGCUCAGGCGUGUGCGACAGGAGCUCAGCAAACUGUCACUUCCGAACACAUGACACUGGGGUGUCAUCCUUCAUUAUAAACCAUAGUGAAGGAUGACAGGAUGGCGAAUGUGACACCAGACCCACUGUGAAAGCACUGCAGAAGAGAGCAGCACCAUGGCCGUCUUCCAGCUGCUCUUCCUGCCGUUGGUCAGCUGCUGCGUGGCGGCGUCCGCACGUUCUCCCCGCCACCUCCCUCUGUGCCAAGUUGUCCAGAUGGAUGUGUUUUGCAGUGAUCUGAGCCUUAGAGGUGCCCCAGUCAACCUUCCUCAUGGCGUCCAAAUGCUGGAUCUUUCUUGUAACCAAGUGCAAAUUCUUACCCAGGAAACUUUAGCAAACCACACUGGCUUCCGUCACCUGAAUCUUCACUCGAACAAGAUCCACUUCAUCCAGCCGGGGCUCUUCAAAGACAUGACAGAUCUAAAAGUCCUGAACCUGUCCAGGAAUCAUCUGAAUGUUUUUGCCCUCUCCAAGAUCAACAUCGGGCCUCUUACAGCUGUAGAGUCACUUGAUCUUUCAAGCAAUGGGCUGUACACAGGAAUGUCGGACUAUUUCCUGGCUGAUUCGCCAUCACUGAAAAACCUCUCUCUGAAUGGUAAUAGCAUCACCAAAAUAACACAAUAUACUUUCCGUGGAUCCCUGUCCUUGAGAAAAAUCAGCCUUCACAAUAACGUCAUCUUGGAGAUUGAAGAUGGAGCUUUUGACUCCCUGGAUCGUCUGACUGAGCUCGAUUUGUCCAAGAACUCAAUCACAUGCAUCACAGACUUUAAUCUCUAUAAUUUAACAGUGCUCAAUCUCAGCAAGAACAGCAUGGAGCUUUUCCAAAGCACAAAAUCACAACAUUUCUUUAAACUUGAGUGUUUAGAUCUGAGUGAAAACAAAAUGACUCAUUUUCCUUUUCUGCCUCAUAAAAACGUGCUUAAAUACCUGGAUGUUUCACGAAACCAAAUUCAGCACGUUGGUGUCCAGAGAGGUCAUGAAAACAUUGAUCACGUGAGGUACUUGGACAUGAGCUACAACCAACUCCAAAGCUUACCAGAGUUAUUUUUUAACUGUAUGGAUUCACUUGAGGUGCUGAAUGUGAGCAACAAUUGUAUCAGUUCAUUUUCUAUCACUAAUGAAGUCCUUCUACAGACAGUGAAGAUUAUCAAUCUCAGCUAUAAUUCACUGCAGAGUCUGACAUUUGGAGAAAACACUCUGCAAUCGCUGGAAGAGCUCUACUUGCAAGGAAAUGACCUUGCUGUCCUGGACCAUCAAAUUUUUCAAAGACUUCCCAGUAUCAAUCUCCUGCAGCUCCAGCAGAAUAAUCUGAUAAUCUGUGAAUUGGAUAAAAACCACCAGGAUCCUCAAGAUUGUGUCUCGUUUGCUUCCAUGGCAAACUUACAGUUCCUGAACCUAUCUGAAAACAGUCUGAGGACGCUGCCGGCAAAUGCAUUUGCCAACACGGCUCUGAAGUCACUGGACUUGUCACUGAACCCGGGUUUAGUCCUGGACAAACACUCCCUCUCUGGUCUGGAGCAUUCCCUGAUUCACCUCUUCCUGAGGGAAAACAACAUUUCCAACCUAAACGCAGACUUGUCAUCGCUGAGGAGUCUCAAACACAUCGACUUGUCCACUAACCAGUUAACCACUCUGCCUAUGUGGAACAGAGAUUCUUCAAUCGAGUCACUAAAUCUGCAAAACAACAACCUGGUCACCCUGGAUUACAGCACCAUGCUUGCUCUGGAGCGCUCACUAAAAACCCUUUAUAUGGGCUCCAACCCUCUGAGCUGCUGCAGCAACCUCGACUUCCUGCACAUAGUGCAGCACUCGGGUGUGGUGGUACCCGAUAUCGAGAUCGUGACCUGCGUUCACGAGGAGUACUCAGAACCCGUCAACAUCGAGAAGGUGACCCAGGAAAUGUGUCAUAAAGCAGGCAUCCGAAACUACGUUGUUGCUGUUGUGCUGGUAGCGUUACUUGUGAUGAUUGUGUUCGGGGUGCUAUUUAAAUGUUGCCACUCAAGGAAACGAAAGCACAACCGAAGAUUUAUUGCAUAAUGUGAGCGAACGGUGUACAUGCAGGGCCAUGAAGGAAUUAACAAUGAAUGUAGUGUCGGUGAUGUCACCCAGAGUCUUCUGAUGGAACAAUUUAAAGCUUAAACAACGGACAGACUUUUGAAUUCAGGACGUAUUGUGGGACAAAUAUUUCCUCCCAAACACCAAAAGAGAAGUUUGGACUUUUUAAAUGGACUCAGCAUCUAGUGGCCAUUGUAGGAACUGCCACUCUAGAGCCUGAUGGCUAAAGCAGGAGUGUUCCCUGCUUGGUUUAACAUCAUAUUAGCCAUACUGAAUGUAAAAGGAACACUACAACACUUAAACAGUGUUGACCAUUUUCUCCAUUGAGAGACCACAUGGAAUAGUAGUUUUGACUUUUUAGGAAGUAUACUUAUUCACUUUCUUGAUGAAAGUUAGAUGAGAAGAUUGGUACCACUUUUGUGUCGGUUUGCUAAAUCUGAAGCUACAGGCAGCAGCUGGCUAGCUCAGCUAGCUUAUUGCUGCUCAAAGGUAACAAAGUCUACUGAUCAACACAGCUUACUGAUUAACAUGUAAUGUCUCCUUUGUUAAAUUUGUUACAUUUUGUGCGCAGUAGCCCAGGCAUGAAAAUCCAAAAUCCACCAAAAAAACUAUGAUUUGCUGUUUGUCUUGUUGUAAACCAACAAGACAUACUGUGUCAUUUUCAUUUUUCCCCGUUUCCUGUCUGUAUGCUAAACUAAGCUAACUGGCUGCUAGCUGUAGCGCCACAGGUAGCACACAGACAUGACAUGAUCAGUCUUCUCAUCUAACUUUGACCCAUUGAACUCUUAAACACUUAGCGUGUUCACGAGUUGAAUGAGGGGUUCUGGAAAAUGGAGACAAACACUACGAAGGAUGAUGAAACAAACUGCAUGUUUCAUGGAUAAUAAAAUAUGAUGAAGUAUAUGUAAGUGCAGAUUCAUCUGAGAUGACUCUACACUGUCCACAAGUUUUUAUAAAGCCGUCCAAGCCGUCCCUUUACCUGUUUGUGUAGUUUGCACUUUAAAUUUCUUCUUCUGCGGCUGUAUCUUAUAGUGUGACUGUUAACACUAAGAAAUUAAUAAUGUUUCUAUUAUAAAAACUAAGCUGGACGUCUUUUACAGUAUCUUUUCUGUAUUGAUCCCAGGUUUGGGAUGCUCCUGACCGGACACAAUAUAUAUUAAUCUGAUAUCUAAAUGUUUCUUUAAGGAUGAUGGUGAAAGCUGGACUAAGCACUGAAGUAAAUAAUAACUGUGAUACGCUAAUGCAAAAGUACAAUAAAUAUAGUAUAUGUUUCAAAAUAAGAAGGAAUAUGAAAUCCAGCGCUGUAAUGUAGUGGCCUACACUGGGAUCCACAGUUUAAUACAAUUUAAAUGUGAUUAUCCUAAAGUAAUCAUUAUUAUGAUUAUUAUGUUAUUAUUAUUAUUAUUUUUUAUCUACAAGUCAAAUUGAUUUGUACAUUUUUUUCAUCCUGUGAUUUUAUGUUGUAGCAAUGCAGACAAUAUUUUGUACCAAAUGAAUUUUCUACACUUAAA